AUGCAGGCUCUCCGACAACCGAUGCGCUCGGCGCUCACAACGGCCGCGCGCCGCCAGUACGCAACGGGCUCGUCGCAGUACGCCGAGACGAUCAAGAACCUGCGCAUCAACGGCGACACAAAGGUCCUGUUCCAGGGCUUCACCGGCAAGCAGGGAACCUUCCACGCGCAGCAGGCGAUCGAGUACGGCACAAAGGUCGUCGGCGGCACCAACCCCAAGAAGGCCGGCCAGGAGCACCUCGGCCUCCCCGUCUUCGCCAACGUCGAGCAGGGCAUCAAGGAGACGGGCGCGACCGCAACCGCCAUCUUUGUCCCUCCCCCCGUCGCCGCCGCCGGUAUCGAAGAGGCCAUCAAGGCUGAGAUCCCUCUGAUUGUGACCAUCACCGAGGGCAUUCCCCAGCACGACAUGGUCCGCAUCACCGACAUGCUCAAGACCCAGAACAAGUCCCGCAUGGUUGGCCCCAACUGCCCCGGUAUCAUCGCUCCCGGCCAAUGCAAGAUCGGCAUCAUGCCCGGCUUCAUCCACAAGCGCGGCCGCGUCGGUAUCGUCUCCCGCUCCGGCACCCUCACCUACGAGGCUGUCAACCAGACCACUCAGGCCGGCCUGGGCCAGUCGCUCGUCGUCGGUAUCGGCGGUGACCCCUUCUCCGGCACCAACUUCAUCGACUGCCUCAAGGUCUUCCUCGAGGACGGCGAGACAGACGGCAUCAUCAUGAUCGGAGAGAUUGGUGGAACCGCCGAGGAGGACGCCGCCGAGUUCCUCAAGGAGUACAACACGGCCAACAAGCCCGUGGUCAGCUUCAUCGCCGGUAUCUCUGCGCCGCCCGGCAGGCGAAUGGGCCACGCUGGCGCCAUUGUCAGCGGAGGAAAGGGCGACGCCAACUCGAAGAUCUCGGCUCUCGAGGCCGCUGGCGUCAUUGUUGAGCGCUCGCCUGCUUCGCUCGGCAAGUCUCUGUACGACCAGUUCAUCAAGCGCGACUUGAUAUAG